AUGCGAAAACCGUCACUCGCUCAGCUUGUGUACAAUGCGGCCUUCCCGCGCCCGCGCUCCAAUGAUCCAGGCACCUUCGCUGCCCACAUCACCCGGAACCUUGUGCCUGAGGUUCGCAUUGAGACAAAUGCCUUCUACGGUCCCCUCGAUAGCAUUGAGGCCCAGUACCCGGGCUUAGAUUAUGCCUAUGGCCCUCAUCGUAUGCGACUGAGCCGCUUUACCUGGCACCGCCGACUCUUCCGGGUAUUUGAUGAAUUGGGCCUGACGGCCGAUGAGAUCGCCGAGCUGUGCUGUUGGGAAGGCACCAAAUCCGCGCGUCAACGCUACGAGGCCGACGAAGGUACCACUGUGCUGGACACAACCGGGGAUAGUAUCCGCCCAGCCACCCCAACACCCCACCCGAUGGUGGUGAUCCAUCGCGACGACUUCUGCGGGCCAGAAGAAGACCGGGAUCUGAGACUUGAGACUGGCAGUGAUGACACCGUCCGGGCCAGUGAUUCUCGCAGCUCCAGUGUGCUCUCAGACUACCGCAUCGCUGAGUUUGAUGACGAGUAUAGCGACGAUGAGAUGGAGAGUUGCGGAGUGGCUCUCAACUACCGCCUGCUGGCCGCCAUGGCCGCGCGCAAUCAAGGCGCAGAUGUGCCUCUCGAUGAGGACUACGAGCAGUGGCUGAAAGAAGCGGGCGAGCGAGGUGGCUACGGCGAGAUGGUCCAUGCAAUCCGUGCAACUGCAACCCAGUCCUUGAGCUUCUUGCCCGAGGCGCCGACCUCCGCCCUUCGCGAUACCACCGCCCAUCUCAUGGAGCCCGAGGCUGGGUACCGGUAUGGCUCCUCUCGCGGCACUCAGUUCACAUCACCAGUCGGGUUCUACGCCAUGCCAGGCUCGGACGGGCUUUCCCGCCUGCCCCAACAUGCCUCCAACGCGGCACGCUGA